CAUCCAGUUCUUCUUUCAUUUUGUUGCUCACCUCUUUUCGAGCUUCCUUUCUUUUCCCUUCUUGGGCCUUUUUCUCCUACGUCUUUCUUUCAUUAGGUCUUGGUGCUAUUUGCAGUCCUCAAGUUCCUUCUUCAUUCUCACAACUCCCCGUUCAACCUUUACAAUGCAUUUCUCUCUCUCGACUCUCAUUGUGGCCCAGGCCGUCACCGGCCUCGCUGCCGUCAUGCCUCUGCCCAAGUCGGCGCCUCUGCCCGAGGGUGCCACCGUUUGGCGCCCCCUCGUCGGCAGGCAGCUCACUGCCCCCCGCCUGAUCCCUGCCACGGCCGUCUCCUUGGUAUACACCCCCGCCCCGCCGUUAUACUCGCCGGUCCCGGGCCGGCCGGCCCCGAUCACUGCCUCCAAGGACCGGGCUGUCGUCACCGGUAACAUGAAGAUCCCUUCGGUCGUCCUCGAGGCUGUUACCGCCACUGUUUCGUGCACCACCUCCCAGGUCUCUGUCGUCUUCAAGAACGACGCCGGCCUGGCCGACGCCAAGAAGUGGCCCACCAAGGACCUUCUCCUGCUCACCACCGAGGCGGGCGGCUGCGCCAAGCCAGGCGAGCGCGGUGUCUGGAUCAUCUCGGGCUCCAAGUUCGACGACAAGGCCAAGUCCGGUGUCUUUGCCGCCAAGCAGACCAGCCUCACGGAGCAGCUGAGCGAUGUUGACAUCACCUUCAAGACCGCCGGCGCCCCCAAGACUAAGCGUGGGCUCGACCUGAAGCUGAACGCCGACCUCUCGGGCAAGAACAUCAUCAAGCAGGGCCCCUUCUCCAUGGAUGCUGAUGUCGCCAAGUACACUGGUGACAUCCUCAUCUCGGGUGGUCUCAAGUUCGACUUCCUCAAGCUCAAGCUGACGUCCAUGUUCAUCGACCUCAACUACGACUCGAUCUUCGACCUUAACCUCACCACCUCGGUCAAGUCUGGCAAGGACCUCGCCAAGUGGGACAUCAAGCCCAUCUCCCAGUCUGUCUCGGCCUUCACCAUCCCUGGUGUCCUUGACGUCGGCCCAAUCCUGGAGUUCGGUCUGGGCGCUGAGAUCGGUGUCAAGGGCAGCGUCGUGCUCAAGACUGAUAUCCACACCGAGUUCAAGGGCUCGUCGGUCCACAUCAACUUUCUCGACACCAAGAAGAACGUGGCCAAGAACUGGACCCCCGUUUCGACUGUCAAGAACGAGCUCGACAUCCAGACCAGCCUCCAGAUGAACCCCUACGUCUCCGCCCAGGUCGGUCUCGGUGUCAAGGCCUUCGGCGGCAAGGUCGACCUGACCGGCUCCGUCACGGCCAAGGCCACCAUGGUCAACUCCUUCAACGUUCAGGCCGACGUGGCCUUCACCUCGGCCAUCACCGACGUCAAGUUCGUCGCCCCCACCAACGUCAAGGCGUGCCCCAACGGCGCCUGGUUCGCCUCCACCCUCGACACCAGCGUCGUCGCCGCCGUCGGCACCCUUGCCAAGGCAGACCUGUUCAAGAACCAGCUGCCCAUCUACAAGUCGGCCUGCUGGAGCUUCGCCCCUGGCAAGCCCGCCCCUGGCAAACCUGCCCCUGGCAAGCCCGCCCCUGGCAAACCUGCCGCGGGCAAACCCGCCGCGGGCAAGCGUGACCAGCUUGAGAUCGCCGCCUUCUAAGGCGCAUGCUCCUCCGCUCAUGCCUGGCAGCAACAACCACCGGCGCAAGGAUGCUAAAGG